AUGGCAGAUUCUUCAUCCUUAGACGAAUUUGUACGGCAUCUUAGUCAGAAUGCCAACACAAAUAAUUUCAAUGAUAUGACAGCGCUUAAGAGCAGUAGCAAUGCCCACGAUGAGGUAGGCAAUACGUUCAAGAGGACAAAAUUGUCCAUAUCUCCUCCGGGGACUCCCAGAGAGGCGUCCGACACUUCGGGCUCGGGAUCCAAGGCACGCACCGUUCCAUUUGGACACGUUGACAUGAAGAAGUUGGAGCAUUGUGCUAGAACGUUGCAGAAGCAAAUAAGAAUUAUUAUCAACGAAGCCCCUGAUCUUGCCAGGCUCCAGUCCUUAUUGGAAUCACCUGCUGUAGACAGCGACGUUAAGCAUGAAAUCCAGAGAAACCCCUUGGUGCACAUGGCCGCUGCGUUGAAAUCGAAGUACUUGUCGAAGGACUUGCAAAUCUUCGAUGACAUUUUGGGCGGCAACGUUGCCGACGACUUGAGAGACAUUGAAUACUAUGACGGUGAUGGUGAGGAUGAUGUAAUUGACCAGGAUGAAUACGAUGAUGAUGAUGAUGACGGAAUGGAUAGUAACAACUCACUUCCUCCGCUUCCACCUAUCUCCAAUCCACACUUGCUUGACCGAGUCUUCAUCCAUAAAUCGACCCUAAACGACAGAACUUACCUCUCAGAGAAGGAAUUGAUUGCCUCUCACAACGAGAGGUUGGAAUUUUUGGGCGAUUCCAUCUUGAAUAACGUAGUUACCAUGAUUAUCUACGAAAGAUUCGAGCACUCCCCAGAAGGCGACCUAUCCAAAAUUAGAUCACAAUUGGUCAACAACAAGACAUUGGCUGAGUUUGCCAUGGCUUACCAACUAAACAAAAGGCUCCGCAGUAAUAUCAGCGACCUGGUUUUAAAGCAGGGGAAUCAAAAAAUCUUUGCUGAUGUGUUUGAAGCUUACAUUGGAGCUCUUGCCAUUGAACAUAAAAUGGAAUUGACUUCCAUCAGAAACUGGCUUACCAAGAUCUUACACUGGAAGUUAAAUGAAUUCGACCAAGAAAUUAGUGGAUUAGAGCCUGUAAAUAAGAAUGCUAAGACUGAUUUGUAUCUGUUGAUUGGAAGCGCAGCAUUUCACCCUCAAUACAAGGUGGUGAAGACAGGAGAUGGUGCUACCAAACCGUUUAUUAUUAGGUGUGAGAUGGGGAGUGAUGUAUUGGGCGAAGGUGUGGCACCAUCAGCGAAGGAAGCUGGAUUGAGAGCUGCAAUGCAAGCCUUGAAAAACAGGCCGUUAUUGGAAAAAUACGGUCAAAUCAGAUUGAAUACUGAUAGAAACGAAAGCAGAAUUAACCCGAAACUAUUGUUAAACAAAUAUCAACAGGAUCUGUCAAAGGAAUCGUCGCCUGACGUAUCAUACUACUCAGUGUAUGGCUCACCAAAUCCAAAUGUAGGAGGGGGCAGUACCACAAUUGUUAUGACCCCUCUCGAUGAUACGUACACCACCUCUGGGUUGCAAAAUAGUACAAGCAACAACGAGAAUCUUUCUUCGUCGUACUUAGCAUCCAAUAAUCUUUUCCCAGUGAUCGGCAACGAGUCUUCAAACUUCCUUCCUGAAGCCAAAAACGAUUUGUACGCAAUUCUCAACAAGAAAGGCAUCGUGCCUCAGUAUAGGGUAAGUCUGGAAGAGGACAAAUUUAAAGGAGAAUUACAUAUCUCGAAUGUACUAGUAGCGAUUGGAGUUGACUCCUCCAAGAAAAAGGCUGCUACAAGGGCCGCCAUGGCCCUACUUAAAAAUAAGGACGCAUUGAAUGAAGUUGAAAAGAUCGUUUCGUAA